UGACGUGUGUGUUAUGUAAUCAGCAUGAAGGAGCACCUUUGAAGGAAUAUUCUAACAAUGCAUUAAAUUUGUGUGAAAUGAAGUCAUUGAGAAGACUCGCUAGAGCAACAUCAGUUUGGAGGCCAAACCUUGAAGUUUUCAAACAGCCUUAUCCUGAUAAAACAUAUCUACCACAUUUUCUAUGCAAGACACCUGCACGAACACUAAUGGCUACCGCCUUUUAGCAAUAUACCUGUUUAUGAAUGACUAAUAUAACAUCCAAUAAAUGUAAAUUUCAAAAGAAUAGACUAAAGGCGAAGGGUAUUUCGCUACACAGGUGGUCCACCGUACACUAGACCCAAGAAGGUACAAAAUUAAUGUGUACCUCUAUCCCAAUCGGCGCUAUGAAUGUGUGAAAAUGUGAUACAUAUCCGAACGAUUAAAGUUUAGCAACUCCACAUUUUGAACACGUUUGGUAAUAAACACAAAACAAUGCUGACAUCCUCUUUAAACCAGCAUGAGGGGCUAGUAAUGACCCAUGGUACUGUGUAUUAUACAGGCUGUGACAAACACUCUAAACUGUGUUAGCGAAUAACAUGACGUAUAUACUGUACUUCGUCUUGAAUCACCAUUCUGCCAACAUGAACGCACCUUUUAUUUUUUUUCAUUACGCUUCUGACAGCACUGAACGCACACACGUGGCUCACAGUAUACCUUGCACAUUGUUAAACUAUAAUGUCUCUUAACUUAAAUAGUAUGACAAGCUUGACUUCUCAGGAAUGAGUGUCACGGGCGUAGUCGUAGUGGACACGCUUCCGGGGGUUUGAGGUCAUCCUGUCAUGAUGUAUAGCCAGUCGAGACAGGUGAAUGUCCUAUUUUGUCCAAAAGCCAAAUCCAACAUAAAGAAUAUAAUUUCAAGGACAACUAAGCCUUCAAACCUUUUUACAUUCUGCUUUUAGUUGAAUGAGACACGGAAAAACCUGCUUCACAAGGUCUGUUCGUGAUAUAACAUCCUAUCUCAAGAAAAACGUCUUAUAGCUACACAAAAACAGUUACUAAAUAUAUAUAGCAAUGUGAGUACUGUACGUAUUCUGGCUUUCACACAACACGAGCGAUAAUACAGAGAAAAACCCGGUGAUAUUAGUCGUUGAGUACGUCACAGUGCCAGCAAGAUAAACUGCUGUUGGCUAUCUCACUCCGCCGCGAGAAUACGCCCGAAUCACAUAACUUUCCACGGUCACCAAAAUAUUAUCAAUUCAUGGCGACCUUGUCAUACCGACAUACAUUUACCUUCAUAAAUAUUUUCGACAGAACAAAAUCAUCUUAUUACGAACACAAGCAAUGUUUAGCUUAUCUUUGUUGACUCAAGCGCAGACAAUAAUAACAUCGCAUUAGCGUUCAAGUCUUACAAGGAUCCUAACCGUUCAAACUGCCUGUCAACAAACCCCUAAAUCAUAAUAGACUAUGCAUUAUACCGGAUGUUACAAAGGUCAUCUGGCGACCUAAAACUGAUAUGGAUGUCACAAACUCAACCAGACAAUCCAACCUUCUCAAGAACACUUCGAGAUUCCGGAUGUGUUUGUUAAUGGUACUGUACCGUAUCAGUAUCCAAGCAGUAAAAAGUUCCUGCACUCGGGAGGGGAGGUUAUAGUAACAGUUGAGUAGUUAUAUAAGGUCCUGUAAAUCCAAAAUAGGGUUUCACAGAACACUCGAUAGUCAAAAGGAUAAUACUUAACUUAACAACAGGAGCAUAAUUAUCCAAACAAUUUGGGGGAUUUUGUUUAUCGAACACUAGUUGCUUCAAUGCGCUAAUAGUUAACGGAUCCAGAGUCGGAACUACAAAAAUACGAUUCUGAAAUUGCCUAAAAAAAACGUUAAGCUGGUCGAUAUCUCCGUGAACAUCAGCAAACUGAAAAAGAAUAUCACUGAACAAAACCCCCCAAGGAGUUAAUACAACUCGAACUUGGUACUGUCACGAUGUUCACAAGUUAAUCUGGGCGAAGCAUAUUUGUAUACAGUACAAAAUACAGGAACAAAGUGAAAGAACACACUGACACAUAAAGGUGUCUUAGACUACAUAUGAAUACAUAAAUCUAUAAACACCACUGAACAAUAGGAAUAUAAUCAACCUGCUCCACACCACCAGCAGUGCUGUACAGGAGACUGUGUUGUACUGAUGAAUUACGUGUUACAUUAAUGCGUGUUUGUUGGGAAACGCGAUAAAAGAUUACAUAUUAAAGUACAGCUCUAGACAACAGUAAACGCCUUGUAGCAAGAGAGAGUGGGAAUGAAUGCCUCGUUACAAGGUGUGCUUACAGCUCCGAUAAUUAUCAAACAAAAUUUUUUUUUAAAUAAUUUCACGUAGAAAGUUUGAAAACCAAUGCACAAUGCUUUUGUGGAAGGAAUCACAAACCCACCAACAGUAUUGAAGACUUAAAAUAAACUAUAGUUUAGUUUCUAAAGAGCGCGCCAAGUCGAGAGCUACGAGGACGCCAUGACGUCACCGCCCGAGGGCCACGGCACCACCCUUGUGCAUCAUAAUACGCGAGAGUGAUGCGCGGACAAGUGGCCAGGAAGGAGCUCAUUGUGAACGCUCCACGAUACGUGACCACCCACCCACGGCUGCUAUUACAACACGAGGUGAUGCAGCACGGACAUCAACAACGAGACUCCAGUCAGAGUAAAACACAGUAGACAAGUGUGAUUUCUGAGAUGUCAAGAAACACGACAUAAGUUCUUCAAGGACAGACAGUAACUAAGAGGCGUGAGUACCAGGAGAGUGUCCCAGCAGCCUCGCCUAUAUACAAGUCCCAAAACGAUGCCGCCAUGAAGUUGUCCGGACGCGUUCUUGAGCUGAACUGCCUCUUCCUGCUGGUGGUGGCACUGUUAGUGGCACUGCAGCUGUUCCUCCAGGUACGUGCCCAGCAGCAGCUACAUGUGAACAAGAGGAAUAAGGGAAUAGGCUUAGUUGGUCCCAUCGCCUUGCCUCUCCAAGACUCGGUCGACAUGCUCCAAGCUGGCCCUGGUCUUGGACAGGAUGGUGAAGCGGUCGCGCCUGAGGACGCGUUGGUAGCCGCACCCUUUGUUCCAAACAUUCGCAAAUCCUUCACCAAGAGGAAAGCCCCCUAUGUAAGGAAGGGCAAGAAGAACAAGAAGAAGAAGGCGCAGAACAAGAAGAAUAAACAACAGAAACAUGGACCACACGGGGAGGGAGAAGGGAGGACUGGGGGGCCCCAAGGGGGAGGCAAAUUAGGGAACUCCAAGAAACCCGCUGGGCCUAGAGGGGAAGGAAAACCUAUGAUAAAAGUCGCAGGUAAAUCUGGGGCCCAAAACCCUAGAUACAAGUCAGCACAAAAUAAACACACCAAAAAGAAUGGGUCGACCGGCACGGACAAAAAUAAAUUAAAAUCUCCUAGAUGAAGGGAAAUGUAUGAAAUAUUUAAUUAAUUCUGUGAUUAAUAACAUAGUUCUACAUUAUUUCUUCAAACUCGUAUGUACCAAUUUUAACCUGGAGUUUUAAGUAAUUGCACUCACUUUGAACUAACAAGUUGGUGAUACUGAUUCCUACUUCGUUAUAUUUGUUAUCUAAAUAUUAGUCGCCCCUCCACAUUUUCUACAGUUGUAAGUUUGAACAAAAUUGUAGUGAUAGCUUCGUGUAAGUGGUCAAUUACGUUGACUAGUACUAGUGCCUUAAUGGUGGCGUUGUUUAGCAUUUUAAGGUUACCGGUAACCUUUCUGUGUAAUUUGUUUUUAAAAGACAAAAGCUCAAAACUUGAGCCUUUAUGAAAAUAAAUGUUUUACAAUA